AAUAAUCGAAUAGUUUGUCACACCUCUACUUCAAGAAGUUAAGGCAUCUCAUGCUAUUGUCGGGUCGGGUGGGGCCGUGAAGUACUUCGUGGGGCCCAGGCACAACAGAAGUCAUAAAGUCAACAAACAACAACCAAACAACCAUUCACAGUGUCUCCCGGUGGUCGCUUCCGAUUCAAAUGUCAACCGCCACCGUCCUCUGCAUCUCCACCACCACAUCCACUGCCAAACCCCGCAGCAGAACAACCAAAACCGGUGUCCUCAUCACACACAGACUCACACUACCAUCUUUGCCAUUCUUCAUCGUACGACAGCCGAUUCGGUCAACGAAUCAUGGGCGUAAGACUUUUAAACAACCUCGAAGAAGAUCUAAUGUUGUUUUUAUGGAAUGGCAGGAGUGCACGGUUAAAUUGGAAAUAGAUGUGCCAAUUUCUGUAGCUUAUGAUUGUUAUCUUGAUAGAGAAGCUAUACCUCAAUGGACGCCCUUCAUUUCUUCUGUUAAGGUAUUAAAAGACAAGCCCGAGUUAUCACGAUGGUCAUACAAGUUUGAAGCAUUUGGGCACGAUCUUGAUUUCUCUUGGCUUUCUCGUAAUCUGCAGCCGAUCCCAAAUCAGAAAAUCCACUGGAGAUCCUUGGAAGGUCUUCCCAACCGAGGAGCGGUACGUUUUUAUCCUAUAGGUUCUUCAUCAUGUUUGGUUGAACUUACUUGUUCAUAUGAAGUACCUCAAUUCUUGUCCCCUCUGGCAUCUAUGUUACAACCUUUCAAUGAAAACUUGAUGAGACGUGGCUUGGAAAGGUUUGCGAUUUAUGCAAAGACAUACAAACCGGAUUCAGCCUGAGAGUUCUUAUACUCACUCUAUUUAAGUUUAAUAAGACCAUAUUCUUUAUUUUGUAAAUUUUGCCAUGGAUUGGGCUUGUAUUUACAAUUUACAAAGUUGAAGACGCGUAUGCACAUGUAUAUGAAACACAUUACAAAGUAAUAAUAAAUUCUGUUACUAGACCGCGAUACAAUAAUUGACAUUGAUACAUG